AUGGCCACAUUUCUCUGCUGCUUCCUUCUCACAACAAUCACGAUGGUCCUACUGUCUAAACUAACCUUCUGUGAACCCAAUGAAAUUGAUCACUUCUUUUGUGACUUCACCCCUCUGGUCCAUCUCUCCUGCAUGGACACUUCACUGACCGAGACCAUUGCCUAUGCCACCUCUUCUGCAGUGACUCUGAUCCCAUUUCUUCUCAUGAAAACCUCCUACUCCUUCAUUCUUGCUGCUGUCCUAAGAAUUCCAUCUGGCACGGGCUGGCAAAAGGCCUUCGCCACCUGCUCCUCUCACCUCACCAUGGUCAUGGUGUUCUAUGGGACACUGAUUGCCACAUACCUCAUGCCCUCAGCCAAAUCUUCCCAACUCUUGUACAAAGGAUUUUCUCUACUUUAUACCAUCCUAGCACCCAUGUUCAACCCCAUCAUCUAUAGCCUGAGAAACAGAGACAUCCAUGAAUCCCUGAAGAAGUGCUUGAGUAAGAAGCCAGGUUUCCUUAGAUGA